GCCAGCUGACGCAACAGCUCCGCCGCCGCAGCGAGCAGACCCUUGUAGCAGCUGCUGAUCUCCGUGAGCUCAGCGCUGCCGUCCGCCGCGAUGCCGUGCCAGCCGCAAAGGAGGAGCUGGAACUUAGCCGCGCGGAAGAGGAGUUAGCAGCCGCGCGGGUGCAGUGUCUGCAGGACAUUCAGAAGCUCUGGGAUUCCUUGGAUGCCCGCGAACAGAGACUGGAGAAGGAAGCCGAGGAGGCUCUGGUAAGCUUGCCAGAGGUCUUAUUUGCGAGGGCAGGAGUGCGCCAGUACAACCAUUGCAUUGACAUGGGGGUGGCCUCAGAAGUUUAUGCUAUUGGACCAGAUCGGAAUGCUGAAUGUGUUUGGAGACCUUUAGUCAAGAACUGUGGCUCACUCAUGAACGCGCCCUCGUACACGUCCGUCACCGGCUCAUUGCUGCGGUGGAGCGGAACACCCAUUUUCGGCAAUGUUAGUGGGGAUUCCCGCAUCACAGGGCUGCACAUUUCAGCUACGCCUGGCAAAGUUCCAUGCAACGUUGCUGUUUCUGCACCUUUCGUGUCCAAACUCCUGACUGGAGAUGACACUACCAAUUGCCCGUUUACCGGCGAUGCUGUGUACACUCAAGAUUCUUGCAUUCUGUUCACAAUCUGUGGUCGCAUCUCUGACCCGGCCAUCUUGCAUGAUGGCGCAAUGCUGCGAAAUGUGCUCGAGCUUCUGGCUAUGGAGCGGAGCGACCUAGAUCCCGGAGCCCAGUGA